GCGAUCGUCGUCAAAUCGUAUAAUUUAUGAAUAUCUCAAAUUCACCAACACGAGUCAAAAAACAUAUUAUGAUGAUUGAUGAUGAUCACUUGAAUAACACUUUAUCAUCCCAAUUAAGAAAAAAAAUAAUAACUUACAUUUAUUUCGAUAAAAAAAUCGCGUUAUAGACAAAUAAACAUCACUAAAGUAAGCUUUCCCAUAAAUUAUUUGUCAAAUAAGUUUUAGCUACCUUGCCGUACAAGUUGCAGAAAACACGGUGAAGAUUAUCUUCGACAAUUAUUUAUAAUUCGAUAAAUAAGGGCAUAUAAAAGGAUCUAGGUGCGUGGUUUAAAUUCGCCGGCAUGAUUUUACACAGAAAUGUCAGAGAUAAAGUAUAAAAAUCAAAUUCUGGCUGCAAUAGAUCAUUUGCGCUCUCGAAAAUCGCGUCCAGAUGCAAACAGGAUUUGUAAGUUUAUGCUGAAGUGUUAUAAAGUACCACCAAAAGAUACAAAAGCAGAUCUAAAGCGUUGUUUAAAAGAAAAAAGUAUAUUUAAAGUUGACUAUAAAGAUAAUGUAAGCUACAGGAACGCUGCGAAGUGGCGAAAAAAAUCCAACAAAAAUACUAGUAUGGCGUCUGCAAUUGGUACAAGUGAACGUAGAAUCAUAACAUCAGCUAUAGCUACUCUAAUUUAUCAAGAUCAAAGUUACUUAGAAAAUGGGAUUGCAUUUGAGGAUCUUAUUAAAGCUGCAGCAUCACAAGAGUCAAAAUAUUCUAAGAAACAACUAGAAGUUAUCGUCAACAAGGAGUUGUCGCCUGGCAGCCUUGUAAAGUUGCAAAAUGGUAAUUUGGCUCUGGGUCCAGCUGAUCAUGAUGGUGAUAGUUCUGACAGUUUUAAAUUUGAAUGUGUGGAUUCCAAUACUAAGGUACAUACUUAAUAUAUCAGUUAUAAA